AUGGCAUCUCAGUGGCAGAACAUGGGGGCCUCUGUGCGCCGACGAUAUCUCCUAGAGGAGGAGCUGCCCGAGGAGGAGGUGAUAAGGUCUGCAGCCGGCCAACCAGAGACAUCUAGCGGAGCCCUGGGCUCCCUGUGCAGACGAUUCCAAAGGAGGCUGCCCCUGAGAGCAGUCAGCCUUAACCUCCGAGCAGGCCCCUCCUGGAAACGCCUGGAAACCCCAGAGCCCGAGAAGCAGGGCCUACAGGCUGCAGCUCGCUCAGCUAAGACUGCCUUAGGCGCCAUGUCCCAGAGAAUCCAGGAGUCCUGCCAAAGUGGCACCAAGUGGCUGGUGGAAACACAGGUGAAAGCCAGGAGGAGGAAGAGAGGGGUGCAGAAGGACAGUAGCUCCCCACCUCCCAGCCUGACCCAGAAGAACACUCGGCUGUCUAGAGCCGCCUCAGACCUCCAGGAGAGGGAGCAUCACUGCCUCUGUGCCCGGGUUGACCCACGUGUCCAUCCACGACGGCGGCCAAGGAGGGAGGCUGCCUUCCAGAGCCCCUACUCAUCAACAGAGCCCCUCUGCUCUCCCAGCGAGUCUGACAGUGACCUAGAGCCUGUGGGAGCAGGAAUUCAGCAUCUCCAGAAGCUGUCCCAAAAGCUGAACAAAGCCAUUAUGGCUGAAGAGAGUGGUGACAUGACCAUCUCCCUCAUUCGUCACUGA